AUGUCACCUUUGUCUAAAGAAGUGCUUAUUUUUAGUCAAAUAUUUGGUGGUUUCCCUUUGACAUCCCUGGGAAACAAGAAACUUAAAUUUUCACUUCCGGUUUUCUGGUGGGGCCUAGUCUUAACUGCACUACAGAUACUGACAACGGAGAUAGGACUGUACACAGACUACAGGAAGAAACUUGCUGGUGUGCCUUUACGAAUGUUUGAGGACAUUUCAAUCAUCGUUGUAGUUCUGGACUUCGUCUCUCUUAAAUUGAUGUCUGUUGUUAUAUUCAUCAGCUGUUCCAGGAAACACGAACAGUUUAUCAAUAUUCUUGAUAUCCUGGAGAAGGUGGAUCAAAAACUUCAUAAAAAAUUACCGGAAGUGAACGCCAAAGCGAAAGUAUUACUAGUCUCUAUCGUCAUCACAAUUCUAAUUACGGGUAUUGGUGUGUUGGAUUUCCAAAGAUCUGUCUUUUUAGGCAAUAAAGAUUAUAUUUCGUCACUUUGCUAUAUUCCCCCGCUGAUCAUGCUUUUUUCUCAAGCAUCUUUGUUCCUCCACUUCACUCAAGUAGCUCAGAGUAUCGCCACAAGGUUUGGUAUUAUCAAAGCCAGGGUCAAAGAGGAAGUGUUAAGAAACAGACGGGAACGACCAAGGAACACCCAUUAUAUCAGGAUCGCUAAUGUCCCCCACAACAACAAAGGGCUCUACACCAUCCACGAGGUCGAGUCACUCAUGAGCGCCUUCUGGAUGCUAUGCGACGCUGUUCAUCAGGCUAACAGCUUCUACGGAGACCAGCUGCUGAGUGUCUUCUUUACCUCGCUUGUCCAUAUCACGAUCAGUAUUUACUACUUAAUCGGUAGCGUAAUACUAAGACAGUCAACCGCUAUCACUGUGUUAGGAGGGUUGGCUAUCGCCCACAUUGCUCAUCUGGUUCUGUUGGUGCGGCCGAGCACACUGGUGGCUGAACUGGCCGACGGCAUGGCACCUAUGAUUUGCAAGUUGAUCAACACGGGUUUGGACCCAAUUCUGGUGGAACGCCUUGAAGAGCUUUUGUUGCAGUUAGGGAAACGUAAAUCAAGAUUUUCUGCACUUGGAUUUUUCCAACUUCAAAACUCCGCCGUAAUCAAGAUGGCUGGUGCAGUGACCACCUAUUUGGUGGUAUUAGUCCAGUUUCAAUUAGAAAUAGUUCCACCUGAAUUCUUUAUAUCAGUUACCUAA